CUCACCAUCCUCCUUCCUCGGCCUCCCAAGUAUUGGGAUUUCAAGACAUGCACCACUAUCCGUAGUUCUUUUUUGUUUUGUUUUGUUUUUUGGGGAUGGGGUUGCACUCUGUAGUUCAGGGUAGGCUUUAACUCACUAUGCAGCCCAGGAUAACCUCAAACUCACGGUAAUUUUCCUUCCUGAGUGCGUGCUGUAGGAAGCCACCACACCUGGCUAGUUUGUUUUUUAUUUUGAGGCCGGGUCUCACGAGGUCACAAAUGUGAUUCUCCUGCCUCGGCCUCCCAGAGUGUUGAUAACAGGCGUGCCUCGCCCCCAACCUCACAGAUUUCCUCUAUGUAUCCCUCACACCACAGUAUGAAGAUGUCAAUACUUGCCAGGACUCUGUUCAGAGAGAGUACAUUCCCCAUUCCUCUUAAUAUAGUACAUGGCUGCAAUUGUGUAUUUCGUUACCUUUUUUCCCUAAUUGUUUACAGCUUAUAGCAACAGUGUGUUUAUUGGGUUUUUAUUGUCUGUUACUAUUUCUGAAUCUGCCUGGCUCGUAAGUUAAAGCUGGUCACAGGUGUGCACAUAUUGAACAGAACUAAAUGCUGCACAGAGCUUCGUGCCAUCUCCCCUCAGGUGUCCUCUGUGGCCCUGGGACGCGUCCCCCGUGGGUACAGAGGGAGCCUGGAGUUUGCUUUGUUGACUGGAGAAGGGAUGGAACCCAACCCAACAUUGUGAGGCGGAGCUCACGGCCCAGACCAGGUGGCAGUUGGUGUCUGAGCGCCAUGUGGGCUCCUUUCAGCCGCUGUGGGCCGUGCACCCGCACCGGCUCCAAAAUUGGCACGCAGGCAGGGGCUGUGCUGGCGCCUUGCCCUGGCGUAGCUCGCUGCAUCCUGGUCACCCAGGGCGGGGUGGCUGUGCCAGCUGAUGGGGGAUGGUUGAGCAGGGAUUGCACCAGCUCCAGGGGCCCUGAGCUGUGUGUGAGUUGCAGCUGGCUUUGCCCCAAAGCGCCCCACACUGCUGGGUCAUGGCCUGGAGCCCAGGCCCCCCCCCGCUCUUGUCUCUGCAGAGCCGCGGCCUACAGCAAGCUGGGGGACUACGCAGGCGCGGUGCGGGACUGUGAGCGCGCCAUCUGCCUGGACCCUGCCUACAGCAAGGCCUAUGGCCGCAUGGGCCUGGCGCUGUCCAGCCUGAACAAGCACGCGGAGGCCGUGGCCUACUACAAGAAAGCCCUGGAGCUGGAUCCCGACAAUGAGACUUACAAGUCCAACCUCAAGAUAGCAGAGCUGAAGCUCAGGGAGACACCGAGCCCUACGAGCAGUGUGAGCGGCAUCGACAUCGCUGGCCUGCUCAACAACCCGAGCUUCAUAAACAUGGCAUCAAGCUUAAUGAACAGCCCCCAACUCCAGCAGCUCAUGUCUGGGAUGAUUUCGGGCAGCCACAACCCCUUGGGGACCCCUGGCACCAGCCCUUCUCAGAACGACCUGAGCGGCCUCAUCCAGGCGGGUCAGCAGUUCGCGCAGCACAUGCAGAUGCAGAACCCCGAGUUCAUCGAGCAGCUGCGCAGCCAGAUGCGCAGCCGGACCCCCAGUGCCAGCAAUGAGGAGCCGCAGGAGUGACGCGGCAGCCAAGCCAGCUCCAUCCUGUCCUUCCCGGCUGACCAGAAUCCUUCGCGUGUUUUGCCAUUUUCUCCCAUUGGACUGCU